CUGGCUACAACAAAUAAAUAACAAAUUUUCCUUCAGGACCAAAGUAGAGCCGAUGAUGAGCGCAUUGUGCGAUUUUAAUAUUGAUUGUAAAAGUAAAAACAAUCACGAUUGACGUGUGUUUUGAUAAAAAAAGGAAAAAGAAAGAGAAAGGGUGAAUCGCAAGUUGCGUAUGUAAUUGUGUAGGAUUAAAAAACAAAUAGAAAGUUAAAUGGUCAAAAUCGAUAUGCAACAAAACGUUUUAAGUCAAGUAGCUGGAAGCGAACAACUGCAACAAGAGGAAGUUCAGCUGACCGAAUUAUUACCAGUGAAGCAAUCGCGAAUAAGGGAGAAUGAAAUUUUUAAACAUAUGAACACAAAUGCUGAUGCGACCGAUGCUUUGAAGAUACUGCGAAGUUUCACAACUGCCGAUAGUUGCUAUAACAACGAUGAACAUGAACUUUGCUCGCGAAAUUUGUCUCUUUGCCAAAAAAUCGAGCAAAUUGAACAAGAAAAACAAGAGAAGGACAAACAGUGGCGAGAAGAUAAACUGCGAAAGAGAAUUGCAGAGUACGAUAAACAAGUGAUCGAUAGCACCGAAAUCAGAAAAGAAAAAGAAAGAAACAAUGUUCGAAGAUUCGAAAAUAAAUCGAGGACAAAGAACAGAAAAUACAAACAUUUCGAUAAAAAGUCGAUGAUUGGUUGUGUAGUAAAAUCUACGAAAAAAAGAACGAUCGUUCGUACGGUAGAAAAUACUAAAGAUCAAAGAGAUGAAGGAAAUGGCGACGAUGGGAUGACACACCGCUAUAAAUUAGGAGAAAACGCAUUCCUCGAAAAUGAGAGGGGAAAUUUCUUAUCGGAGAAUAACGAACAGGUAGAGUCAACAAUUUAUUUGGAUUUAGACAACAAUAGUGAGUUAAACGAUGACGUUUACAUGUUUCGUCGUGAGUUGAUAGAUGGGGAACAAGGACGGAAGGUAAACUUAAGAAACGUGGAACAAACAUACGAAAACGAGAAGUCUGCGAAGACUACCGAUGGAACGUUAUUCAAUCGAAUAGCGAUUCCUUGUGGGACGUCGAUUGAAAAUAACAUUGAUGUAGUAGAAAAACGAUUUAUUAUCACUGCUGAGAAAAAUAGCAUAUUUGAUACGAAAGUAUCAAACCCAAAAUUGUUACUGGGAGAUUCGGCAAACGUAUCAAAUGUCAAUUUUCAUAUAACAACGAUGAGUUACCUUGUGGAGAAUAAAGAUAAUAAUAAUAAGGUUCAAGAUGAAGAGAAUCCUACAAAUCCAUUAUGCAGACCAGAAGCCUCCGACAGUAUAGUGGCUACCAAAUCGACGUCGUCAACGUCAAUAUCAACAUCAUCGUCAUCGUCAUCGUCAUCGUCAUCGUCGUCAUCGUCGUCGUCGUCGUCGUCGUCGUCGUCGUCGUCGUCGUCGUCGUCGUCGUCGUCGUCAUCGUCGUCGUCGUCGUCGUCGUCGUCGUCGUCGUCGUCGUCGUCGUCGUCGUCGUCGUCGUCGUCGUCGUUGUCGUCGUCGUCGUUGUCAUCGUCAUUGUUGUCAUCAUCAACGCCGUCGCCGUAUUCGAAGGAAGAGAAUACAAACGGCAGCGAGUGCGACCGCGGCAAGAAUCAAAGUACCGCUUUGCACGGUAUGAAAACUAAACAAGAGAAUCAGCAAAAGAGAUAUUGUUGCGUAGUGUGCGAGGCGCGAUUUAAGGGUAGCGGAGGUCUUCGUAACCACUAUAAGAUCGUACACGGUGCGGGACCAAUCUUCAAGUGUGACGAGUGUGGAAAAGAGUUCCCUUUAAAAGAAAGAUUAAAACUGCACGUGAGAACACAUACUGGCUUCAAGCCAUAUAAAUGCCCAGAAUGCGACAAGAGUUUCGCCAGAGGAGGACAACUGGUGCAGCAUCGACGUACUCACAGCCAGGUAAAACCGUAUCGUUGCGGUUUGUGUUCUGGCACGUUCACCUGCGCUGCGAAUUUGGCGUUACAUGUAAAACGACACAACGGACAAAAGGAUCACAAGUGUGAAAUCUGUGGUCGUGCGUUCGUUCGGCGAGACGCUCUCAAGAAACAUUUAGAAUGUCUUCACAGAGACGUUAAAUCUUUUCUCUGUGUAAUCUGCAACAAGACGUUCAAGGGCCAUUUACCUCAACACAUGAGAACGCAUGCACGUGAUCGGCCACACGGUUGUGCCACGUGUGGUCAAAGAUUUGCUCAAAAAUCUCAAUUGACUGUCCACCAGAGAACGCAUUCUGGACAAAGACCGUUUAGGUGUUUGGUUUGUUGGCAGGCAUUUGCACACUCGACGGCACUUAAACUUCACACAAGAAGACACACUGGCGAAAGACCGUUCAAAUGUGCCGAAUGUAACGCUGGUUUCACGCAACUACCCCAUUGGAAAAAACACAUGAAAUGUAUCCAUGGCAGAAAUGAGCCGUACGCUUGCAAAAAGUGUACAAGUUUCUUCAGAAUUAAAAAUGAUCUGGAAUGUCACGAAAAAACUUGUCAUCCUGAAUCCGAGACUGAACACGACGUUCCGAAUACUCAAACCUCAGAUUUAAUCACAAACACGAUCAUGCCAGCAUCUAUUUCCAUGGCCUUACAACCGACAGCGACUCUGCUUUCCAAUGAAAUAAUCAGCGAUAAACCCUCGCCGUCGCCCUCCAAAUAUAGAAUAAUGACUGUCGAGAGGAUGAGAUUGUUGCUCGCUGUACUUCUUAAAAGAAUCAGCAAGCAAGAAAGACUCGACGAACUAGGCUUUGGUAAACGACUGAUCGACCAAGUUCUUUACGAUUCUCUGAUAUCCGCUGGCAAAGAUCCAGUGGCAAGCAACGGUUUAUCCGAACUUGAAACACUCACCAAGAAUCUCGAGAUAUUCCUCAAAUGGACUGUACCUAAAGAACAUUGGGAACAUUUUCGCAAAUUGAAUAAAACUCCCGAAGAUAUUUUGGAAACAUUGACUGCUACUUAAAUCAAAGUCCUACUCGUUUUAACAUCAUCUAUGUGGCAAUCGCUGGUAUAUAUUUACCAAAGACUAACAAAAAUACCGGUCGAUACCUCAAAUCCUUUCAAAAUUACGAUCUAAUCCUGAUUCUAAAGCAGACGCUUUUUAGAUCCAAGACUGCCUUUCUUCAACCACAGGCGAUCUUUGUACCAAGUCCUAUAUUAUUAUAUUUUCCUUCGACAAUGAUUACAUGGAUGGACAGUGGGUAGAUAUAGGUACAGGUGAACAAAUAACAGAAGAUUUCAAGUAACUAAGCGAAACGAUACGUAUCUGUCAGUGAACAGAACAGGCUACCUAGUAAUAAUAAUCUAAUUUUAAGAAACGAAAUCAUUAGUGAUUAUUUAUUAGAAUUUCGAUGCACAGACGUUCUUUCAUAUAGUAUAAAAUUAGUACUUGCUAGUCCAAAGUGCAAAUGUAAUAUUCCUAAUAAUAGGCAAGCGAUUCGUUAUAAUCACCGUUUCUACUUCUGCCGUUUUAUUCCUCUUUCCGUAUUAUGAAAGAUCAAAUAUAAAAUCGAUUUACGACAUAGCAUGCACUUUAAUGAUAUUCAGAAUGAGUUUUACACUGACUACGUUUUGUACAAGUAAUACCGAGUUGUGUAAAAACUAAUAGACUUGAUAAAUACUUUAAUAUUUCAUCAUCUAAAAUUGAAAAGUCGGUAUUCAAUUUGCUUUGUGAUAAAUUAGUUAUAUGUACAUCGCGUGCCAUGUUGUUUGUUUGUACUGCAAAAACUCGUACGAACAAUAUGAAAAUACGUAGAUUUUAUACUUUUACGCAAAGUAUAAAGCGAUAAUAUACACGAUAUAUAAUUUUCAUUGUGAUUUAUGUGAUUCUAAGUGAUAUGAUACUUCAAUUUCAUGAGUUGUUCCUCGUUAACGAAUAUAUAAGUAUAUCUGCUACCGUACAGAUAUUUUUAACAGUCAACGGGCUACGUUUUCUUCAGGGUGCCAUGCGUCAUACUAUUUCUUGCCCAUGGUAAUAUUAAUAACUCUUUUUUAUUUAUUAUAUAAUAUCGUCCAGAUGGGUGUACUACGUGCUGCUCAUUUUCAUCGCUUGUACAAAAAUAUAUGAGAUGAUAUUAUGCAUGUUACGAUGAUGGCUAAUAUUAUCGAUUACGAACAACAAAUUGAAAGGUGUACGUAUGGCAAUAAAUUGAAAAUGCAUUUGUAUUUGCCGUAACUGGAGAUAUAUUUUGUUAAUGAUGAUGAUACUGAUGAUGACGAUAAGUAAACAGGAAGGGAGAACGGGAGCGGACACAGAGAAAAUCGAUUAGAAAAUUUGUUGUUGUGUAAAUUAAUAUGUAGAUAUGUCUGAAUGAUGAUACGAGUAUCGUAGUUCAAGUUUUUGGGUAAUUUCUUACUUAAUUCGAAGAGGCUAAAUACCAAUGUAGGCUACUGUAUGUGUUUGUAGCAAUACAUAUAUUCCAUGAAUUAGACGUAAGCAUUUUAUAUUUAUAGAUACAUUCAUUGUUGUGUGCAAGUUACUGCACAAGUAUAACGUUCAAGUUAAAUGUAUAUAAACUUUAUUGAUUUUCCUUUGUGAUAUCUUUCUUGCCAUUAUUUUACUUUCUGUUUGUUUCUUUUUUCUAGAUUAUACGAUACGUUAUUUUCAUUUGAAUAGAAAAUUUGUGAAAAGAGCAACAUUUUCGAUCUUUUCGUAGAAUCUUUUUCAAAUCUAAAAAAAGACGCGCGGUGCUACAUGGAACUCUGUUGUGUUCGUGGCCCCGUUGUCAAACGGGAGACUUCCAAUACCUAAAAGCCUUAUAGUCGUUAUUUCCUUUUCUCAUAUGUACGUUGUGUAAUUCUCGUUAGCGUAUAUUUGUUCGUUUCAGUGCGUAAAUCGUGCAUAUUAACGUUAAUAUGUUUAAUAAAUAUGCUCGUACGCAUAAAACGCAAGUUCAUCUUUUAAAUAGGCAUAAGUAAAUGUGAGCAGACAAUAAUGAUUAAAGUUGCAAGAUUAAUAUAGUUGAGAAGAAUAAAAAAUAUGUAUACACGUAUAUUACUAAUAUUACAUACAAUUAAGUAUGUUAUUUUGUUUUAUUAGUAUGCAAUACAAAUAGAAAAAUAUAUAAUUAAUUAUACAAUUGUGUAUAUUACGUAGUGCGAUAAUAUUAUACCGAGUAAUAAUUAUCAAUUUGUUAGAAACUUUUACAAUAUGUAUAAUAUCCAUAUGUGAAAAGGUACCAUGUACUAGAUUAAUAUUUUAUAUUUUGUAAAUGUUUCAAACAUUUUCUACAUAUAAUUACAUCGUGUUAAUUUCAUAGUUUUACGAGUUUUAGUUUAUGAAACCCGAUAAAAUCAAAUGUUUGUAUAGGUCAUUUCGUACGACAAAAUGAUCCGAUAAAAGUAAUUAUUUUCUAACAAAUGACGUUUGAAAAUUUGAAACAAAGAUCUCAACGAAAUCAUCCAUCAUUUAUUCGAUACGUGUCUACGUAUUCGUCUUAUAAAAAUUCAAGCAAGCGUAUGUAAGUACGAUAGGUUACUUACACGACGUAUAUAUGUAUAUUGACAAGGACUACAGUCGGUUUGGGCUAGUCGCAUUGAAAUUUAUUCCAAAGAUGAGAAUCUACUUUCUGCUAUAGAAAUGCAAAUAAAGGUCAUAGAAGACACUGAAUAUAGAUCGAGGUCGUAAGGCACACUUACAUGAUUGUAAAUACGCAUAUAGAAUUCAAAGAAGGAUUUCAAUGUUUUAAUGAUGAUGCUGUUUAAGUGCUCGAAUUGCUUUAUUUUAUAUACGUUAAACGGUGCCAAAGUGAAAUUUUUCAUUCAACAUUAUCUAUUGUGUGAUGAUCGAUUACCUGUGUUGUUAUAUUUUCUAUUGCUUUCAAUUAUGAACGAACUAUAUGUAAAGUCUGCGUUACAUUUAAUUACGUUCUAAUUAACACGCGGAGAAUGGAUUAUUUCGAAACAUUUCGAAUUAUGUAUACUUAUUAUUUUUAUUCGUUCUAGUGCCAUAACGUAUUCUACUUUAUUGUAUAGUCAAUUGUACAGUUAUUUCAAUAAAAUGCUUCUCUUCUUUAUUCAAAAAAUAUGUGCUUUAACAUGUAGGAAUAUAUGUAUACAAAUAGAGUAUUAUAGUAAAAUUAAUACUAAAAACGAUUGAAAUAUAUUUUGUAUAUCAUACCUGUAGCAACAAUAUUAUAUGUAAUACAAGUGAACAUAUAUUUUGAGCAA